AAAUGUUAAUCAAUGAGAGAGCCUAUUUUUGGUCAGGAAGACUUGCACGAAGUAGGUCUGAAGGAAAUUUGGUUGACAUGGAAGCCAGAGAACUCUCAAAUAAUUGCAACAUUACAGAAUGCCAAGACCCAGAUUCGCUUCGCAGUUGUCUGGAUGCUUUCACUCUUGGUGGUAAUAAUGUUUCUAAAGCUACAAAUCCAUUCUGGAAUGAACUGUCUGCUUCUAACCCAUUUCUGGAUGACAUAACUCAGCUAAGAAAUAACCGAAAGAGAGAGAAUAUUUCCAUCUUGAAGGAAGAUCCUUUUCUUCUUUUUAGAGAAAUAGAAACUGAAAAUUCUUUUGAUUCCUCUGGUGAUGAACUUGAUGUGCAUAGGUUGCUCAGGAAGUCUUCCUCAAGGAAGUGUGGAAGAUCUAAAAGUGUUUCAGAACUUUUGGACAUUUUAGAUGACACAGCACAUGCUCAUCAGAGUAUACAUAACUCUGACCAGAUCCUAGUACAAGACUUGGAAUGGCUUCAAAAUGAUCGAGAGGCUUAUAAAAUGGCUUGGUUAAGUCAACGGCAACUGGCCCGUUCCUGCCUGCAUUUGAAUACAAUUAAACAGAGCCCUGGCUGGGCCCAAACACAAGUUGCAGAGAUUAUUGUAGUUUGUAAAGUAAGCCACCAAGGAGGGUCGGUACAGUUACCUGAUUCAGAUAUCACUGUUCAUGUGCCCCAAGGUCACGUAGCUGUGGGAGAAUUCCAAGAGGUUUCUCUAAGGGCUUUUCUUGAUCCUCCACGUUUACUUAACCAUGAUCUUUCAUGCACUGUAAGCCCGCUCUUGGAAAUCAAGUUAGGUAACCUUAAUACAAUGGAAGCUAUUUUGCUGGAAAUAAAAAUUGGGGCUGAAGUGAGAAAGGAUCCUUUCAGCCAAGUCAUGACAGAAAUGGUGUGUUUACACAGCCUGGAUAAAGAAGGCCCUUUCAAACUGUUAAACAAUUGCUACGUUUAUAAAGACACCAUCCAGGUCAAGCUAAUUGACUUGAGUCAGGUGAUGUAUUUAGUGGUUGCUGCACAAGCUAAAGCUAUCCAGUCACCAGCUGCCACAAUUUGGGAUUAUAUUCACAAAACCACAUCAGUUGGAAUUUACGGACCCAAAUAUAUCCAUCCCAGCUUCACUGUUAUUUUUAUAGUUUGUGGACACAGUUAUAUGCCAGGAAAGCUUACAAUCUCUGAUAUUAAGAAGGGUGGGAAAAACACAUCUCCAGUCGUAUUUCAGCUGUGGGGGAAGCAUUCAUUUUUACUUGACAAGCCACAAAAUUUAAGUAUUUCUGUUUUUUCAUGUGACCCAGAUUUUGAAGUAAAGGCAGAAGGAGAAAGAAAAAGAAUCAAACAAAAGCAAUUGAAAUCAGGUGAAGUAGUUCAUCAACAAUUUUUAUUUUCUGUAGUUGACCACAGAGAGAUGCACUUGUUUGUUUUCUGUGUUCAGGUAGAGCCUCCCAAUGGUAAACCAGUUGCACAGUUCUUUAUCACUACACCUGAUCCAGCCCCAAACCUAAAAAGACUUUCGCAUCUGCCAGGUUAUUUGCAGAAGGAGAAGGAAAUGAAGUCUGAUCCUUUAUUACCAGCAGUGCUUGUUAAAUAUCCAACAUUUCAAGAUAAAAAAUUGAACUUUACCAACUAUGGGGUUACCUUGAAGACAGUGCUAAGACAAAUCAAGAUUGACUACUUGCUUGAAUAUUUCAAAGGGGACACAAUAGGUCUUCUUGGAGAAGGUAAGGUCAAAGCCAUUGGGCAGUCCAAAGUGAAGGAAUGGUAUGUGGGAGUCCUCAGAGGUAAGAUUGGACUUGUGCAUUGCAAAAAUGUCAAGAUGAUUUCAAAGGAACAAGUAAUGUCUAUGUCAGAUAGUGUCUUUACAACCAGAAAUCUACUUGAACAAAUUGCCCUGCCCUUUAAAAAACUGACUUAUAUCUACUCAGCUGUAUUGACCUUGGUGUCAGAAAAUGUUUAUGACUGGAAAGUUUUAGCUAAUGUCCUAGGUUACUCUCCUCUGGCACUGGAAGACUUUGAUAAAACACAAGCAGACAAAGAAUCAGAAAAAGUUUCUUACAUUGUAAAGAAGUUAAAGGAAGAUUGCCACACAGAUAGGAAUACAAGGAAGUUUCUUUAUGAACUUAUUGUGGCUCUGCUGAAGAUGGAUUGUCAAGGGUUAGUAGCUCAUCUCAUCCAAGAGGCUGUUAUUCUGACUUCAGCUGUCAAGCUUGGAAAAGGCUGGAGGGAACUAGCUGAAAAGGUAGCACGACUCACAAAGCAACAAAUGGAGGCGUAUGAGAUUCCUCAUCAGGAAAAAGCUGGAGGUGUUGCUGUUGAGAUGAUGUGGAAACCUGCCUAUGAUUUUCUGUAUACUUGGAGUGCUCACUACGGAAACAGCUACAGAGAUGUGUUACAAGACCUUCAAUCGGCUUUGGACAGAAUGAAAAACCCUGUGACCAAACAGUGGCGAGACUUAACUGGAGCUUUAAUACUAGUAAAUUCUUUGGAGGUUUUGAGAGUAACUGCAUUCACCACUUCUAAGGAAGUAUAGAAAUGAAGGGUGUGUUUUUUUGGGGGAGGG